CUUGCUUUGAUAUGGCGGUCUCGGGUGGCUGCAAGGACAUUUUAUGGCGAUUUUCAGCUAACGUUCUGUCAGUGCAACGGGUGUUCGGCGACCUGCAGGAAAACAGUUGUGGGGCUGCAGAAGAUAGCGAAACCAUCUGCCGUUUACAUCGGCAUAACCGCAUUAUUUGAUUUAGGUAAUAGUUUAAUUAUCCUAGGCAUAAGGAUAGCAUGCUAGCAACAGUCUAAGGUUCUGUACCAUGAUAUCAGUGUUAGCACCUUCACUAUCGUGAUUCUCUUAAGAGGGCCUUCGGCCUAUCUUCUAUCAAACCCAUCCUUCCCAAGUCAUUAGAUGUAUGUUGUACCAGACUCGUCCAUGACGGAGAAUAAUCACAAUGAAUGGGUCACUCGCCUAUGCCCCA